GACUGUCAGCAUCUCAAAGUGCCCUUCUGGCGGAAUCUUCAGUUCACACCCAAAGGGCUGUCCAGCUUCAAGAGAUUCAAUCGCAGUACGUACAGGCAAAGAAGAGCAGCUUGGCAUCUGCCUGGGAAGCAUACAAAGAGACGCACGCAACUGCUCUCAGAGAGCGUAAGCUCCUCUUGUACAUUCCAUACCAGUCUGGACAGGGCAACAGGCUUCUUGGCAUCGUAACAGCGUUCAUGCUGGCUUUGAUCAGUCACCGCGCCCUUUUGAUUGACUACUGUAAGUGCAUCCACACACUGGACACGUGCAAGUGUCAGUGGGGCGAUCUCUUUAACCAACAGGAUAUUGAGCUGGACGCAGUUAGCUUGAUGGAAAAGGACUCUGGUUUGAAAAUUACAAUAAGGGAUGAGAGCCUGACCCAAGUGGACUUCGUCUAUGACGCACUAGAUCUGAAUCUUGCUGACCUGGCAGACAGACCGGUGGUCUGGGGGAAUGGAUCCAUGGACUGGACAGCCCACUUAUGGUUGGCCAACCCCCACCACAGGGAAACCCUGCGAGCACUGUUCCGGCCAGGAUAUGUUUUCCACGACGUUGCUCAGCUUCUAAUGCGCCCUUCGAAAGCACUGAGAGAUGUGCGAGAUCAUUGGGUAGAGACCAGGUUUCGACCGCUCACGAUAGGCGUACACGUCCGCAUGAUGAGCCUGGGCCGGUUGGUCCAGAAAACGGAUCCGCAAGAGUAUCUGCCACACUUCAUGCACUUGGCAAGUUCGAUUGCUCUGCUCACUCAACCGGAAGAGCUGGUGUACACCAACCAAACCGCUUGGGAAGGGCUCGAUCGAGAAACUAGAGAAGGGUUGCGGACUGCCGUACUGGAAAUGCUCCUGCUGGGGGCGUCGGACGAGAUCAUAGGGACGCGGGCCAGUACGUUCAGCCACGUGGCAGCUGCGUUUGGAGGGUAA